AUGCUGUCUACCGCCCUGCAGAUCCUGGCGUUCGCCCUGGCGCUGCUGGGAACGGUCGGCGCCACGGUGGCCACGCUGCUGCCCAACUGGCAGGUGAGCAUCAAGGUGUGGUCCAGCAUGGUGGCCCCCAUGUGGCACACGCGGGGCCUGUGGAUGGACUGCGUGUGGUACGGGACCGGCGUCUUCAGCUGCACCACCAACAAGUCCCCGCUGGCGCUGCCCCCCUAUCUGCAGACCACCCGGGCCGCCAUGGUCCUGUCCUGCGCCGUGGCCGCCUUCGGGCUGUGCCUGGCCUCUCUAGGGCUCCGUUGCACCCGUUGGGGGGGCGGCCACCGAGCCAAGGGGCAGACGGCCGUGGCGGCCGGGGGCUGCUUCGUCCUGGCCGGCGCCCUGUGCCUGGGCCCCGCUUCCUGGUUCACCUCGGAGGUGGUGGCCGCCUUCAUGAGCGCCCACCUGCCCGACAGUAGCAAAUACCAGCCCGGGGGGGCGCUCUGCGUCACCUUCGUCUCCGCCGGCUUCCUCCUGGCGGCGGGGUUUAUCUUUUGUUUGUCCUGUCCGGGCGCGGGGUCCGCCCCGCCAGACUACCCGAGCCCCACUGAACCCGACAGAUUCGCGCUGGCCCAAGUGAACCGCUGCCGCCCGCAAAGCGAAAGUCACGUUGACACCGCCCGGGCCGAGGAGACGUACGCGUCCCCCUCCAAGCGGGCCCCCAAGGACGUGAAGGACAGUUACAGCCUGCAGGAAUAUGUUUAA